AAUGCAUAGUUGCGCCGUAGCCAUAAUUACGUCUGCAUGCUAGUUGCCAAUUAUCAUUGCUACCGGUGUUAAGACCGGACUGCAGGGGUCGCCGUAUUUGUAGACCCCGCUUGUGAAAGACCUGUGCAUAUCCUUCCUAGCCAUCUUGUCAUAAGCUGUCGCCUGUAUACCUUGAGCAUUACGGAUGACAAUGUCGGAGCGAACGCCACUGCUCGUGGCAGACCACGGGGCGCUAGCCAUAGCGGAGCUGCCUAGGAAGGCUUCUGACUGCUUACUCCAUACCGAAAGCUGUUUUCUAGCAGAUGGAUCAAGCAAGAACAAUGCGGAACACAGAAAGGUUCAGCGUAAGCUGCUGAUUGCAUGCAUCCUUUGCUUUAUGUUCAUGGCCGUGGAGGUGGUGGGAGGCUACCUCGCCCACAGUAUUGCUAUCCUCUCGGAUGCUGCACACAUGCUCUCUGAUGUGGCAGGCUUCGCAGUAUCCUUGUUUGCGGCAUGGGCAGUAACUCGAAAGAGUGCAGCUGAUUACUCUUUCGGUUAUCACCGAAUUGAGAUCCUUGGCGCUUUGGUAUCUGUGCUUACCAUCUGGGCUGUUACUGGCGCGCUUGUUUAUGAAGCGGUGCUCCGGGUGAUGUAUCCCCGACCCGUCAAUGGAAAACUCAUGUUCAUGGUGGCCUGCGCGGGUAUCGCCUUUAACCUCAUCAUCGCGGCCGUUCUCGGUGAGCACCACGUGCACGGAGUGGGAGGGCACUGCCAUGGAGACCACGGCGACCACAGCCAUCAUGGCCAUGGACAUGGUCACGGACAUGGACAUCACCACGGUCACGGCCGUGGCCGCUGCUCGUCGCAUGGGCACUCCCACGACGGCGCCUCGCACCCAGACAGUGCCAGCUACUGCGGGGGACACAGGCGCAGCCGCACUGGCCGGGGGCAUAGCCACAGUCACAGCCACAGCCAUGCGGGCAGCAGCGAUGGUGGCUUGCACGAGCAUCAUUCGGCGCAUGGAGGUGCAGCCCCUCACGUCAACGGCGGCGGAAGCUGCUGCAUCAUCACCGUGCCUCUGCCGCCCGGCAGCAAUGGCAGCGACCCCGCUGCCGCCGGCGCCCCAGCUGAGGUUGUCGCUGACCAGCAGGCGGCAGCGGUUCAGCCAACGCUGGACGUGAACCAGGUCGCGCUAGCGCUGGCUGCUGCGGCGGCAGCGAAGCACCGGCAGCAGGGUGCUGAUGGGCAUGAGGAGGGCAGCCAUUGCAGCAGCAGUGAUGAGGAGGAGGGCGGCCAGGAGGGGAAGGGCGAGAAUGCCCAUGACCACCAUCACCACCACCAUGGGGGCAAGCAUGAGGGAGGCAGCAGCUGCUGCCAUGGGAAGAAGCACCAACAUCAUCACCACCACAAGCACGAGGAGCAGCAGGGGCAGGAGGGAGGGAGCGGCAGCAGGGGCAGCGGUACCGAGGCGGCGGCAGUUGCACCUGCGGUGCUUCCAGUGCUGGAGGCUGCUGCUGCGGAGGAGGCCGAGGAGUCCUCUGAUGGGGAGGACCACUCGCACGACCACCGCCACCCUGGCCACGGCCACCGCCAUGACCACCAGCACCAUCACCACCAUGAUGGUCACCGCCACUCGCACGGCGGCCACGGUCACGGCCAUCACAGGUAUGGGCACGGCCACGGCCACCACGGUCAUGCCCAUGGCGGCCACGGAGCGCAUGGCCACAACCACGGUCACCAUGGUCACUCGCACGGUCACGGCCACAGCCAUGGUCACCACCAUGCGCACGACCACAACAUCAACCUGCGCUCGGCGCUGCUGCACGUGCUGGGCGACCUGCUGCAGAGCAUCGGGGUGGCGGCGGCGGGGGCGCUCAUCUGGUGGAAGCAGGACGACCCGCGCUGGCAGCUGGCGGACCCCAUCUGCACCUUCCUGUUCGCGGUGCUGGUGCUGCUGACCACGCGCACCAUCAUCAUCGACAUCAUGCACACCCUCAUGGAGCGCACCCCGCCGCACGUCAACCUGGCGGCGGUCACGGAGGCCAUGUCGCUGAUGGACGGCAUCCUCGACGUGCACGACCUGCACGUGUGGAACCUCUCCAUGGGCCUGCCCAUCCUGACCGCACACGUGCACAUCGCACGCACUGCGGACGCGGAGGUGGUGCUGCGCGCGCUGGAGGCCUAUGUGCGCGGCACGCUGGGCAUCCAGCACUCCACCAUUCAGAUCUGCAACUACCAGGGGGCUGCCCUGGCGGUGGGGGGUGGGGGUUGGACGGGUGGGGAGGCUGCGGGGGGCGGGGGAAGGGGUGAGGGCAGCGCAGCAUCAGGGCUGUCCUCACCGGGUGAGGCCUUGGUUUGAUGGUGGAUGGUAGUAAGGCAGAACGGUGUUUGGGAGCUGACGUGGCAAAGGGCUUGCUUGCAGUCAGGGGUCUACAUGUUUGCUGCAUGUGACACCGCGAGGCACCAGCGGUCCAUGAGGGUCAACGGGGUAUAUGGCAAUACAGAGACGAAGUUUGGGUUGAGGAGGGAGGAGAUGGUGAAGGAGCUGCAUGCCGCAUGGCUGGGUUGUGUGUGUAUGUUUCAUGGAUCAUGAUGCAUUGGUGGCAGCAAUGACCUAGCUCUCUUGGUGUGUUAUCGUUAGCUGCCUGACUUCUCGUUGCCUUUUUUGGGUUUGCUUGCACGCAUCCAAAAGGCAGCUGUGCAGGUAGGCAUUCGUUCAUUAGCAGGAACCUUCUGUAUUGGGUAUGGGCGUGAGUACGAAAGCUUCAGUGCUGGUUGCCUGGUUUGUGGCUGUGUCUUAGUUGGCCUUGCACCCUGUCUUCUGGUUGGCUUCAGGUCCCUCUUGGAGAUGCAUGGUGAUGGCAACCGGCCAGGGUCCCUACAUGUGCCAGCAUGCUCUUUCAUAUGCUGUUAGGCAAAGGCACACACGUGCGUUUUUGGGCCCCAACUUGGGUGAACGCAGUUGGAUUGGUAUCUUGGCGUGCAUUGCCUUCUGGUUCACGCCUUGCUCUUUAGUGAAGCGCACCUCUUGGCACUACCGUGUGGUGGUGGCGCCACACGCCUGAGGUAUGAUCCAAGUUGUAUCACAUAAGGCUAGCCGAUCCUAUACAGUCGCUCUACUGUACUGUGUGGCCUGGGCAAAUUGCCUUGCUAUGCCUAAGAUUGUAUCGAGUGACUGACUGAAUGACCAUUACAAUGGCUCCGUUCCAAAAGGGAACACCCUAUACUGCAAGGUAAACAGGACAUGCCGUAUAGACGACAACACAUUGGGCCAGCAAGACACCAGCACAAAGCCCAAAAGGGACCACAGGAAAAGGGACCUCAGCAAAACCACUACAAGCAAACACGAGAGCAAAACACCAACACACACACCCCAAAACACCACAGACCAGAGACCAUGACAAUACCGCCUGUAAGAAACAGAACCCCAACAGAG